AUGCCACCACACUUUGAUACGCCCAGAAAGGCACAGAUUCGGGGAGCCGCGAAAUUUCUCGAAUUCCUCGAAAGGAAGCAGGGUAGAACGAUCGUCAAGCGAAAGCUAGUUUCUAUCGCCGAAUGCUUCGAGACAAGCGAGAAGCAGGUAUCUGCGAUACUACGAUCGAAGCGUAUACGCCGAACGCCCGAGGUAGAGACACGCGGAGGUACAAGACGCCUGGAUCGAGAGAAAAUUAAAAAGGCAACCGGAAUAAUCAAGACGAACAAGCUCGACGGACGCGACGACCAAAGUAAUAAGGAUGAUCAGGUGCAGCAUGAGCGGGUAUACCUCCACGGCACAGCUGAAGAAGUGGACGGAAGUUUGCGGCAAGGCGGCGACGACAACAAUAAUGACGAAGAAGGGCAGCAUCGCGGUCACACGACGGAGAGCGAGGAAGAUGAAGACGAAGACCAAUGA